CCUCAAUCACUUCCGGGUUCAUACACACUUGCAAAGGGGUUGAAUGUGAUUCUAUGAAGUAAUAGAUACAUAAUUUAUCAAAGUUCUUCCCUGUAAGGGGUAGAUUGUGCUUAUAUUAUUGAAAUUUUACACAUUGUUGCUGCUGUUAGCUGUUGGAGCAGCGAGUGGUUUUGGCUGAAGAUGUCUGCGGAGGAAGCGGACAAAACGACCACCACAGAUGCCAGCGCAGGUGAUGAAGAGGAAGAAUGGCUCUAUGGAGAUGAAUCAGAAAGCAAAGAAGAGGAGGAAGAAGCCAAACUGAUCGCUGCUACCAGCUUACCCACUGACAUAACAACAGAAGAGGCUGUUGCAGAGGCUACAGGAAACGGCGUGGCCUCUGAGGCCACAGGGGAAGCUGCCGGUGAGGAUGUGGACAGUGACAGCGACAGCGAUGACGACGACGACGAUGUCCGUGUGACCAUCGGUGACAUAAAAACUGGAGCACCACAAUACCCGACGUAUGGAGCGCCUCCAGUCAACCUCAACAUAAAGUCGACCAGCUCCAGACCUUACGGACAAGUGACCACAAAGCUAAAGGGAGUGGAUCUGGAUGCUCCUGGAAACAUCAACGGUGUUCCUGUGCUGGAAGUAGACAUGGAGUCCUUUGAGGAGAAACCCUGGAGGAAGCCAGGAGCGGAUCUUUCUGACUAUUUCAAUUACGGGUUCAAUGAAGACACCUGGAAGGCGUACUGUGAGAAGCAGAAGAGGCUGAGAAUGGGCCUGGAGGUCUCUACGGUUGGAUCAGUGAUGAGCAAGAUCACUGUUCAGCAGGGCAGGACGGGGAAUGAAAAGGACGUGUCCAGCUUGUCCGUUCACGCUGCCAAGACAGACUUCACCUCUCCCGUCAGCCUGCACAAGUCUGCCAUCAACCAGUUCACCAGGAAAACGAGUGGCACCAUAGAUGUGAUCGGAGGACAGCUCGCCACCAUCAGCAGGGUGGAAGGGCGGCGCCGACACAAUCUGGAAGGCAACAAUAUCCAGGUGAUUUCUGAACACUCGACCUCUGAGGCGGAACCAGCUGCUGCUAAGAUACCCACCUUCUUCCCCCCUGGACCACUUCCUCCAAACAUCCCCCCUCCUCCAUUUCUCCCACCUCCACCUGUCAGCACGGCUCCUCCUCUCAUACCUCCACCCAGGUUGCCCAUUACUGUUCCUCCUCCUGGGUUUCCUCCUCCUCCAACGAGUGGUCCUCCUCCUAUAAUCCCCUCUAUGGACAGCAGCCACGCUGGAGGCUACGAUGGCCGCUCAGUCCCUCCGUACCCGUUUCCUCAAGGUGCUUACCCUCCACCCCUACCUGGAGGUGUUCCGCCUCCUUGGCCCCCGAUGGUGGACAACCCCAAACCCUGGGACUACUAUCCCCGUCGAGAAGAGAAGAGAGACAAGGAGCGAGAGAGGCCCAGAGAAAGGACACAUGAGCGGGAGCGAGACAGAGAGCACAGCCCUUCAGCUAUGGCUUACAACAGUGAAGAGGAGCCCUAUCGUUACCGUGAAUACCAGGAGCGUGGUUACGUAGAGCGCCAUCGCGACCGGGCAAGCCGGGAGAAAGAAGACCGACACAGGGAGAGGCGUCACAGAGAAAAGGAGGAGGGUCGCCACAAGUCCUCUCGCAGUAGCAGCAGUCGAAGGAGGCACGACAGUGAGGAGGGCGACAGCCAUCGGAGGCACAAGCACAAGAAGAGCAAGAGGAGCAAGGAGGGCAAAGAGGCCAGUGAGGAAACUGGAGCAGACCAGGAGAAUCAGGAGGGCAUGGAGUAAACGUUUCCUCCAAGUUUGUUUUGACCAAGCGAGUGUGUAGGGUGAGCAACUAAAUUGGUUAGUAGCAGAGUGAUCAUGUUGUGUUUCUGGGUCCUCCUGCCGUUCCUCCUCCAGCACCAGUUUGUUCCAGCACCUCCAUCCCCUCCCAGUUGGUUCAGUUCACAGAUCUCACUGUAAAUCCUGAACGAUCGGCCCAUUACGCCCGUUUUUCUGUUGUUUGUUAGACAUUCUCUUGUUCUGUACAAAAAUACCCAAGUUUGAUUAAAAAACCCACUUUUGAUAA